UCUCCCUGUUUUGGAAUGGUUAAUAAUGAUAGUAUAGUAAUACAUUAGUUACUAAGGCAUAACAUAAUACUAUGAGCUCCCUUAAUUUAGAUGCAAUCUAUCAAGCUAAACGUUUAUUCAAUGAUAAUAUCUCUUUUAUAUAUCAUAGUAAUAAUUAUUCUGAUUUAAAAUUAAAUGAAUUACUGAAUAGAAAUUUGACAUUAUUUUGGAAAACUAUGCAUCAAUGUUUAGAUUUAAAUGAUCUCAUACAACAACAAUUGAUUUUAUUAAAUCAUUCUAUCGCCAUAGCAACUAUCAAUCAAACUAGUAAACUAUAUACAUCAACACAAUUACAAUCUUUAUAUACAUGGUGUAAUUUAGGUAGAUCAACAUGGUUUACAAAUGUAUUUACAUUAAUGCAUCAUAAUUCAUGGCAAGAGAAAGUAUCCAUUGAAUUACAAAAAUAUUUAUUACCUAUAUUAUUAUUCAUGAAUUGUUUAAGUCUUCUAAUAUCUAUAACAGGUAUUUAUCAUCUAUGUAAAUUAUCAAAUAAAUCUAAUCAAAAGAUCAUGAUCUUAAUGAGAUGUCAAUCUAUUAUAGAAAAUUAUCUCCCAGCAACAUGGCCAUUAUUAUUAUGGUAUUGUAUUAUUGGUUUAUUAUGGUUAUUAUUAAUAUUUGGUUUAAAUAUGAUGAUGACAUCACAAUAUUUCAAUAUACAUAUUAGUAUCCAUAGUCAUGAUAAUUAUUGUCGUAUAUUAACUUAUUUAAAAAAUAUAUUAAGAUAUAUACCAACAUGGUUAAUAAGUUUAAUGUUAUGUGAUCGAGCUAUUGGUGAAUAUCGUCAUCGAAAUCAUAUUUAUACAAUGACCAUAUUAUAUCAUCAUCAUCAUCAUCAUCAUAAUCAUUAUGAUAAUGAUGAAUUAAUAAUCAAUCAAAAUCAAUUCAAUCAAUUAACUAAUCAAUAUUGUAAUCAAUGUACUCUUAAUCAAUCAAUCAAAAAUCAAUUAAUCAUCCCUAAAAUAAUCUAUAAUAAUAAUAAUAAUAAUAAUGAUAAAUUUUAUUUUGAUUGUAUUCUAUAUGGAUUAAAACAAACAUCUAAUAAACAAUGUCAAACAUUGAAUAGAAACAAUGACUAUGUGACAUCAUUCAAAGAAUGUAGUAAUACUACUAAUAAUCAUGAUUAUGAAAUAUUAUUAAAUGAUUUAUGUCAUUGGAAUGAAUGCGGUUUAAGUCGAAUAGGUGGUUUAGUAUUAUUCAGUAUUAUUACAUCAUUAUUAUGUUUAAUGAAUACACAUUUAUUAUGGUUAUAUAAAAUUAGUAAAAUAACAAAACGUUGUGUAUUAUCUGCUGGUGAUGCUAUAAUCUUAUCUGUUUUCUAUCCAUAUUUAUUAAAGGUUUGUCAUUCAAUAUUACCUUAUAUGUUCAUAAUCAGUUCAAUUGUAUUACUUAGUUUUAUAGCUAUACAUAAAUCACAACAAUCAAUUAUUCCAUUAAAAUCAUCAAUUCAUCAUUCCAAUUAUCAACAAACUUUAUUUACUGAACCAACACAAUUAACAAUUUGUUUAAGUCUUAUGUAUAUUCUAUUUGAUUUAGCUGAUCUUAUUGAAUGGUUCAAUGGUAAUAUUAUAAUACCAAAUUAUAUUCAUUCAUUUAAACAACAUUUCAAUACAAAUUUCAAUGAAAAUUAUAAUAUUAAAACAAAUCAUUCAGGCUUAUUACCACUACUUACAAAUACAUUAAAUAGUAGUAUGUUAUUAACAAAAUCUAUGAAUCAACUAUGUUCUAUUCAAUUUAUAUCUGGCUUAUUAAGAAUAUGGUCUAGUCAAAGAUUCCUAUUCAUAUUACCAAUGUUAUUAUAUCAAUCAUUGAAAUAUCGACAUUUAAUCAAAUACUAUUUCACUUAUUAUUUUCAUACAUUGAAAAUCUUACAUUGGUGUAAAUUUAGUUAUAGUUCAUCAAUCUAUAUAAAACAAACAUUGAAUACAUCAGUGGAUGAUAUUAUUCAAACUGAAUUGAAUGAAAUGAAAACUACUGAUGAAGAAAUAAGUAGUGAACAUCAUCAAUAUCAACGUCAACAACAACAGCGACGACGACGACGACGACAACAACAACAACAACAGACUAUAAUGAAAGCUGAAUAUCAAGAUGAGUAUCAAAGAAUUCCUAGUCUUUAUUGUUGUUCAUGUAUUAAUCAAAGUAUUCUAUCAAAAUGA